AUGAGGAAGACUGCUGACCUGACAGUUGUUCACAAAACCAUCCAUGUGGGCAACCAUACAGGACGGAUCAAGGUGGUGUUCACUCCAACCAUCUGCAAGGUAACCUGCACGGGGGGGCGAUGUCAGAACAACUGUGAGCUGGGAAACACCACCACCAUCAUCAGCGAGAACGGCCGCGCUACUGACACCCUGACAGCCCCCAACUUCAGAGUAGUGGUGUGUCACCUCCCGUGUAUGAAUGGCGGGAAGUGCAGCACCAGGGACAAGUGUCAGUGCCCCCCCGAUUUUACUGGAAAGUUCUGCCAGUUGGCUGUUGUGAACGGACAGCAGCAGCCAUCAAUGGGCUACAGCCAGACUCAGGUCCACUCCACACACACCCUACCUCUGACCUACAGCAACGGCCACAAUCCCGUGUUCAGCCCCAGCAUUGUCAACAUCCACAUUAAGCAUCCCCCCGAAGCCUCAGUCCAGGUCCACCAGGUGUCCCAGCUGGACAACUACCACAACAUCGGGCACCAGCUCAAAGCUUCCCAGGCAGGCUCCUCCUCCUCUACCAGCUACACGUACCAGCACUCAGAGAGCAGCCAGAAGAUCCAGCAGCACGGCUACAACAUGCUUUACCCCAGCCAGCACGGCUACCAGCCAAUCAGCUCCAAGAACACCCUGGGCCGCUGCUUCCAGGAAACAGCAGGGAGUCAGUGUGGAAAAGCGCUGCCAGGUCUCACUAAGCUGGAGCAAUGCUGUGGGACCAUCGGGACGUCUUGGGGUUUCCACAAAUGCCAGAAGUGUCCAAAGAAACAAUCUAUUCCUCUGAUAGAUUGUCCUCAGGGUUACACGAGAAUCAACAGCUCUCAUUGCCAAGAUUUCGAUGAGUGCCAGCUGCAGGGGGCGUGUCCUAAUGGGAACUGUCUGAACACUGUGGGCAGCUAUAGGUGCAUGUGUAAACCCGGAUUUGUUCCUGACCCCACACUCACCACUUGCAUUUCCAACACGCCUGCCACCCAAGAGGAGAAGGGGGCUUGCUUCCGUUUGGUGAGCUCAGGGAGGCAGUGUUUGCACCCAGUGUCUACCCAGCUGAGCAAACAGCUCUGCUGCUGCAGUGUUGGCAAGGCCUGGGGCCCUCGCUGUGACAAAUGCCCUCCUCAAGGAACAGCUAAGUUCAAAGACAUCUGUCCUGGUGGAAUGGGCUACACUGUUCUACCAAAUCCGCCUGUCAAUAAGCCAGUCACCAUUCACCAGGCACCCAUUGAGCCUCUACCCCUCCAACCCCUGCCAACACCGGAGAGACCAGUGGAAGCUUUUGGGAAACCCGAAGAGAGUGUACCAGUAGCAACAGCUGCACCAGAUGAGGAGCUGGUAGUUCCUGUGGUUAGUGAUAGGCCAGUAGUUGAACCUAUCCUGCCCCAGCUAUCUCCGGGUGUAUCUACUGUCAAGAUCGAGGCAGCCUACCCAGAGGUUGUUGAGAGGAGCUCUCCACCCGAACCAGUGGAGAUCCUGCCAUCUAAUGCAGGCCAGGACAUUGCCCCCACCCAGUCAGCUGAGGUGGAUGAGUGCCAGAUCAACCCUUAUAUUUGUGGCCAGGGGAUUUGUUACAACACAGCAGAGGGUUACACCUGCCACUGUGAUGAUGGAUACCAUCCGGAUGACACCCGGUCCACCUGUGAAGAUGUAGAUGAGUGUUUGGAAAGCCCAUCUUUGUGCUAUGGCGGUCGCUGCAAGAACACAGAGGGCAGUUUUCGGUGUGUGUGUGCGCAGGGAUUCCUCCUGGAUGAAGAAGGAACCACUUGUGUUGAUGUUGAUGAGUGCCUGGAUGAGCAGAUCUGUACCCGGGGCCACUGCCAGAACACUGACGGCUCCUUUUUGUGUCAGUGUGGCCCCGGCUUCACCCUGUCCCUGGCUGGAGACCGUUGUGAUGACGUGGAUGAGUGUGUAGAAGAGCCCAGGCCCUGUGAGGCCGUAGGCCAGUGUGUCAACAUCAUGGGCUCAUACAGCUGCAGCUGCCCCCAGGGGUACCGGCAGAUCAACGGCACUCGCUGCACCGAUGUUGACGAGUGUGUGGAUGAAGCAGAACUCUGUUCGCCCCACGGCGAGUGUCUCAACACAGACGGAUCCUAUCUGUGUGUGUGUGAGAUGGGAUUCACUGCAAACCUCGACACACCCUCCUGUGAUGAUAUUGAUGAGUGUGGGCUCAAUGAGACGCUGUGUGGCCCUCAUGGCUACUGUGAGAACAGACUGGGCUCCUUCCGAUGCCUCUGUGACCAGGGCUACCACGAGUCCCUGGAUGGCCAAGCCUGUGUGGAUGUGAACGAGUGUGAGCUGCUGGGCAGUGUGUGUGGAGAGGCCCAGUGUGUGAACGCUGAUGGUUCCUUCCUCUGCGUGUGUCCCAGCGGCCAGGACUAUAACGUCAUGAUCGCCAAGUGUGAACCCAUUCCCACAGUGUCAUCAGUGGAGCAUAAGGAGUGCUACUAUCGUCUAAACAAUGAAAACCUGUGUGAGAGUGUGCUGACCAGCCAUGUCACCCUGCAAGAGUGCUGCUGCACUCUGGGAGCCGGCUGGGGGGACAACUGUGAGGUGUACCCCUGUCCUGUCAAUGGCACAGACCAGUUCGAUCAGAUGUGUCCGUCUGGAAGAGGAUUUAUUCCUAAUGGAGACUUCCUGUACGGUGUGGCCACAGCUGACAGCUACAAAGAUGCAGAUGAGUGUACUCUGUUUGGCCAGGAGGUGUGUAAAGGAGGCUUCUGUCUGGACACUGUGGGCAGCUACGAGUGUUACUGUAAGACGGGACAGGACUAUGACGCUGCCAAUCUGCAGUGCACAGACAUGGAUGAGUGUCUGGAUGAGUCUCUGUGUGCUGGUGGACAGUGUAUGAACACAGAUGGCUCGUACAUGUGUUUCUGUACCCAGCCCAUGGUGCUGGAGCCCAGCAGUAACCGCUGUGUCUUCAUUCCUGAGGUGGCUGAGCAACAUGAGGCGGAGCAGACGGACAACCAAGGGAUUUGCUGGCAGACGGUGACACAGAGCAUGAGGUGCAUGCGGCCGCUGGGUCCCGACAGGAAGACCACGUACACAGAGUGUUGCUGUCUGUACGGCGAGGCCUGGGGCAUGGACUGUGCCCUGUGCCCCUAUAGGAACACUGAGGAUUAUGCGUCCAUGUGUAACCUUGGCGGGCGGCGGGCAUAUGGUCACGACGCCCUUGUUGCUGGCCCUAUCCAUGAAUAUGAAGUGAGCCAAGACUAUUCCCCAUUACCUGGUCCUGUCCUGCCUUUUUACGACAACGAAGAGCCUCCAUUCAAGGCCUUUGAGGGUUUGCGAGCAGAGGAGUGUGGGAUACUGAAUGGCUGUGAGAACGGUCGGUGCGUCCGGGUUCAGGAGGGUUACACCUGCGACUGCUUUGAUGGAUACACCUUGGACCUGUCCCGCAUGGCCUGCAUUGAUGUGAACGAGUGCUCAGAGCUAAACACCCGGAUGUCGUUGUGUAAAAAUGCUCAGUGCAUCAACACAGUGGGUUCCUAUCAGUGUGUGUGUCUGCCAGGCUUCUUUGCCUCUGACAAACCCAACUACUGUGUGGCCCCAGCAACACAUCAAACAGCAACACACACAGGGAGCAUAGACAGACACUAGGGGGCAACAAGAGACACUAUAACCACACGCACAAGCUUGUAUCACUAUACUUGUGAGGACGUCCACUGACAUUCAGCUACUGCAGAAUCCUCAACACUUGCCCAACAUCUAAAUAAAAUCAAAAGAACAUACACCUUAAACCUUGCCUUGAAAUGAAACUAAUCCCUGUUCUGAUUUUCAUU